AUGACGACGACAACGGAGACAGUCACAGUGCAAUCGACACUUCCCUUCAUGGAAGUGCAUGCGCUAUAUGCACCUAUUGCCACUGGCCGCCUUAUUGUUCGGCCGAUUUGCCUUAGAGACAUCGAAGGAUUCCAUGCUCUUUCUAGCCAACCCGAAGUCGCAGCUUUGGGUUUUCUUCGCGGAGCUCAUGCCGAGUACGAUAUCAUCCAGAAUUUCGCAGUCAUGUUAAACAACAUGAGACCCUGGAUUGAGCAAAAAAUAGACUUUAGUAUCCUCCUCCAGACUCCAGAUGGCGGAGAAGGAGAAUACAUUGGACUAAUGUCUAUCGACUUUCCGGCGGAAAAUUGGCCGGUUCUCUCGUACAGGCUUCGGAGGGAGUAUUGGUCGCAGGGAUAUAUGUCUGAGGCUUUACUAGGCUUUUUAAACUUUUGGUGGAAUCUUCCUCGCGGUUAUGCGCAAAACAGGGUGAGCUCGGCCUCUUUACACCCUAGUGAGCGUACGGCUGGUAUCCCAAACGUCAGCGAGAGGAUGUUUGCUACUGUAGAAGAUGGCAAUCAAGCAAGCAGAAAAGUGCUCCUGAAAUCAGGAUUUGUGUCUGUUGGGCAGUAUGGCCAAGGCACGGAAGCUUUUGUUAACGUUUUCCCGCAGACUCAGGUUCCGCCAGCAGCUUAUCGAGAAAGGUUUUGGGGCAAACAAAAUGAUAAUACUGGUCCAACAAGCCUACCAUUUAAUGGUUUACAUAUAUGA